GAAACAUAUCGAAUCUGUUAGUCGUAUUCGAGAUCCCAAAUAAUACCGAAGACUUUAUGGUCGGAUGCGUUACGAAGAACGCAUCGCUCACUUUAACCAUACAUUUCUUGAGUAAAUUGGUUGCUAUUGAAGAUACGAAGCGUUUUGUGUCCGGUUUGAUGAACUGGAGCUCUCAGUUGAGGCCGAAG